AUACAUGCUCUGAUUCACAGAAGGAAAAUAUACAGAGAGAAACCGAUACAUAUAGAGAGAGAAACAGAGGUUGAGGAGAGAGAAAGCAAAGCAGCAACAAUGGGGAGGGAUCUGAGCGACGACCAAGUCUCUUCCAUGAAAGAGGCAUUCACUCUCUUCGACACUGACGGCGACGGCAAGAUCGCUCCGACGGAGCUUGGAAUCCUGAUGCGAUCUCUCGGCGGAAACCCUACCCAAGCUCAGCUCAAAUCCAUCGUCUCCGAGGAAAACCUAAACUCGCCGUUCGAUUUUCCUCGAUUCCUCGACCUCAUGUCCAAGCACCUCAAGCCCGAGCCCUUCGAUCGCCAGCUUCGCGACGCCUUCAAGGUCCUCGACAAGGACGGGACUGGCUUCGUCGUCGUUUCGGAUCUCAGGCACAUUCUCACCAGUAUUGGGGAGAAGCUUGACCCGGCUGAGUUCGAUGAGUGGAUCCGAGAGGUGGAUGUCGGAUCCGAUGGGAAGAUCCGGUAUGAGGACUUCAUUGCUAGGAUGGUAGCCAAAUGAUGCGCUUGACAUUUCACAUGCAGGUAAUUUGGAAGCAGAAUGUGUGGUUUUCAUGCGCAAGGGACAAAUAUAUUUUCCUUGAAGUGUAGUAUUUUAUUGAGCACUUCUAAAUUGCAUUUUCAUUUGCCAUCUCUUUAGGUUCAUUUUCAGUAGUAUUUUUUUUUUUUUAAUUAAAUGUAUGCUGUCAAUGAUUUGGGCUUCUAGUGUUGGAAAGUGAUUUUUUAUAUUGUCUAGUUUUCA